AUGUCCGAGAUAAAGACUUUAGCGGUGGUGGGCAGUGGGCAAAUGGGUUCAGGCAUAGCUCAGCUUGGUGCCAUGCAUGGUCUCCAUGUUUGGCUUCUUGAUACUGACCCUGCUGCACUUUCUAGAGCCUCCAAAGCUAUCUCUUCUUCCCUUCAACGUUUUGUUUCCAAAGGUCAUCUGUCGCAGGCUGCUAGUACUGAUGCUAUGAGACGUCUGCAAUGUACUUCAAAUUUGGAAGAAUUGCGGUCAGCAGAUUUUAUUGUUGAAGCAAUUAUAGAAUCAGAAGAUGUGAAGAAAAAGUUGUUUCUUGAACUGGAUAAGAUUGCAAAGAGUUCAGCCAUUUUAGCAUCUAAUACAAGUUCCAUCUCCAUUACUCGGUUGGCAUCUUCAACCAGCAGACCACGCCAGGUCAUUGGAAUGCAUUUUAUGAAUCCUCCUCCCAUAAUGAAGUUGGUUGAGAUUGUGCGAGGUGCAGACACAUCAGAUGAGACAUUUGAUGCAACGAAAGCCUUGGCUGAGAGGUUUGGAAAGACGGUAAUAUGCUCUCAGGACUAUUCUGGCUUUAUUGUGAACCGGAUCCUUAUGCCAAUGAUAAAUGAAGCAUUUUUCACACUGUACACUGGGGUGGCAACCAAGGAAGAUAUUGAUACAGGAAUGAAGUUGGGAACUAACCAUCCAAUGGGUCCCUUGGAGCUUGCUGAUUUCAUAGGCUUGGAUGUGUGUUUAUCAAUAAUGAAAGUUCUACAUACUGGUUUAGGUGACGGUAAAUAUGCCCCUUGUCCUCUUCUUGUGCAGUAUGUUGAUGCAGGUCGCGUUGGGAGAAAAUGCGGUAUUGGGGUGUAUGACUACCGUAAGCUGCCUGAACCUAUAAAACCAUCUCCUCGACUCUGACGAUUUAUACUUUCAAUAGAAAUUCCAUGAUGAAAAUGUUAAAUUCCCUUGUGAGCUGCAUUUUCCAUUUCUUUUUCAUAUCUUUAAAGGAGUUUGUAUCUCAUGCAACUAGUUCAUUGAAAUAAUGGUAGCAGUGGGGAUUACAGUGACAUCAUUUCAGUGGUUGCUUCUCUGUUUGGGCAAGCAUUAACUGAAAAUUGCCUUCUUGAGUUUAUUCUCCAUGAGCUUGCUGCUUUCUGUGAACUGAAAAUAAACUGCCUCGUACAAUUACCUCCCGUAAUACUUGAUUACCUUCAAAAGUAGUGCUGUUCUUUCUUCAAGUUGGUUGCAUAUGCAGCCAUUUAAAGUUGCUGAAUAUAAUGACAAAUUGCCAACCUUUAUUCUAAAAAGGUGUCCAGCCGCCAUAGGCAAAUAGAGUCAAUGGU